AUGCCCUUGAUGAUGGAUGCGGGCAUCAAUGUGGACGAUCUCUUUGGCGAGUCCAACUCCCUGGAAUUGGGCUUGCCAGCCGCCUCUCCUACCAAAGGACUCGCGCAAUGCCUGGACGAGAUGCGCCUUUUAGGAUGCUGCCACAAGAUAGCCUGGUCCCGGAUGGGUUGCAUUGCGUCGAUCUCCCAGGAUGGACUCAGGGUCAAUAUCCGCCAUCUCCAGUGCAGUACUUUGGAGGGCAAAUGGAACUUAGGCAAAGAAACACCUCUUACGACAUCAAUAGAGGCCCACCACGGGAACCAAUUGGCUCAUUUAUCAUGGAAUGAAACCGGGUCGGAGCUGGCCGUUGUGGACUGCUCUGGUCGCAUAUCCAUCUAUUCUAUCUCUAUUGCUUUGAACAGCCUCUCAAUUCUUCGUCAAGCAUCUUUUGAAUCUGGCGAUGAUAACAGCCAGGUCGUUGGUCUGAUGUGGUUGAACUCCCAACGUUUUAUACACGCAUUCCACCAAGCAGCCAAGGUGAAUGGAAGAUGGGCCUACACUCCUUUCCGCAGACGCCCAAUUGGGCCCUUCCACCCAGCCAACAAAGGCGCCUUGAUCUGUGUGACUAGAGCCGGCCAGAUCAAGCUCAUAUAUCAGAAUCCCAAUAGCACAUGGGCUGAGCUUCCUGCUGAGUUGAAGAACACAGGAUAUUCGGACAGGCUAUUAACACAUGCCUCCAUGGUCGCCACGCAAGCGGGGAUCCUCCUCGCCACCUACUCUGCAUGCCAAAAGAUGUGUUUGUACAGAGUUCAUAUUGCCUGGAAUCCACCGCAGUGGGAACCCACUCAAGGGAAACAGCAGCCUCCACCCGUCCCCAGUUUUCGCUUGAACCAUUGCAAGGUGGAUAUGCCAGGAAAUAUACUGAAUGUGAACCGCGGCCCAGAGCAUGCAGAUCAGUCUAUCCCAUUCAUGAACUCUGUAUACUCAUUGACACGGCUGGAAAUCAUGCCAGCGCAGUCUGACAGUCCUCAGGGAUCCACUGCCAAUCCGUGGAUUCUCGCGGUCUUCUCCAAGCCUCUCCAUGCCAUCCCAGACUACCAAGAGCAGCAAGGUCCGCCAACUGUAAUGCUCAGGUGGCAUUUGGAAUCUACACCGCAAACACUCCAUCCCAAAUUUGAUGAGGUGGCAUCGAAGAAGAGCAAUACCCAAGUGAAGCCUAAAUUGGAGUUGCGCCGACUGGAUGAUAUCCAUUGCGAUAAAUACGUUGUCUCGGUCGACUUGAUCGAGCAUGGAACUGUCUUGGCCGUCACGCACGACGACAGUUCCAUAACAUGCUAUGAUACGAGGACGAUGACCAUAUUUAGUGGGAUGGAUGACUCGAACACUGUAACCUGUCUGGCCCAGGCGGGAUUCCAGUAUCCAGUAGAACCAUCAGGUAUGAGAAUUGGUCCAUCCUGCUUUCGAUUGCGCAAGUUGACAUAUUCAGGUCUCCACCUCGCUUUCUCGCCUAACUCUUGCGUUGCUGUUACGCUGGAUAGUGACGGAAAUAUGCAACUGAGAGUGAUGGUGCAUUCAUUCGGAUCAACAGAUGGACUAUAUGAUGAGACCAAAUUCUCCGCUGCCGUUGCUGCUUUGACAGUGGCAUUCUGUCGAGGCUGUGGAAGUGAAUGCAAUACAGACGAUGUUCUUAUGGUAGCUCUCCGGCAGCUGUCACCGGAGGCUCAAACUACAUUCAUCAGUGAGGUGUAUCGUGCACUGCCGGUCAAUUGCAACUUUACCGCUGAUCAGGAGAAGCUCAUGAGCCACCCGUACAUCCCUCGUUGUCUGAGUUUGCAGGCCGCACUGGGCUACAAAGGAAGACUCAAGCGCCGCAACCUUACGUCCUCCGUGCCAUGGGCGAUUCUUCAACUACGACAUUCCUCGGUCCUAUUUGCUUAUUUCUUCCAGUAUAACAAAGGCGUCCAGCCAGAGACACAUGAUCCAGGUAUGCCAGACCCCCAUCUCAACCCCCAUGUCAACCCCAAAAGUCAAUCGCUAAUAACAAAAGAUGUCCUACGCUUGGUAUUGGGCAACGCGAAAUGGACACUGGAUUUCUCCCACUGGCUCCUAAAUGAAAUCUUCGACAUGGCGGACGACUUCGAAAGUGUCUUCAACGACCAAGAAGCCUUCACCCAGAAAUUGAAAACAAGCUCCUCUCUCCCCCUCCUCAUCCUCCUUUCAAGUAUGUCGAGAGCCUUCCUCCGCUUCAUCUGCCGCGGCCUCCGAGGCGUACACGCGGGCUUCGCAACUGCAAACCCAGCCUCCCUCUUCGGCGACAGCAGAAUCUACUUUACAGAAAUCUGUCAAACAAUCGAAACCUCACCGGUACGGAUAGACGUCUACGAGAAAUUCCUCGCAGGAGUCGACUCCGCCGUGAAACACGCCUACCAAGGCGCAGGCUUCGGUGACGCCGAAAGACCAGGCCCGGAGAAAGAACUACUCGUCAACGCACGCAUUCCCCCGGUCCUAAUAUCAGCCGUGGCAACGCUACUGCGGCAGACUGUACCAGCGCUGAAAAUGGAGAUCAAUCGGAUGGCGAUUUACCUGGGUGACUAUUCUUGGUUAGGCUUUGGGAAUGAUUCGAGGACCGCGCUUUAUCGCAAACAGCGGGAUGUUGAUAUUCUGAAGAAGUGUCCGCUUAGGCCGCCGCUUUUGUUGGGUUCUGAUGGGCGUGUUGCGCCACUUAAGAAGAGACGCUGUGCACGGUGUUGUGAGGUUUCUGGGGAUACGAGUUUGCCUAGGUCUAUGCUUUCUUUCAAGAUGACUGCUAAGUUGGGACUGUUGAGGUCUUGUCUUUGUGGGGGGAUGUGGAUUCUUGAGGUUGAUUCUGGGGAUGCUGGGGGAAGUGGGAGUGGGAGUGGAAAUGGAAGCGGACAUGGACAUGGACAUGGGCAUGGGGCUUAG